AUGGCGGACGGACUCAACGAGGCCCGCGCACUGCGAGUGGCUGAACUGAUGAACGACUACCGCACUCUGAUGAUGCAUAUCUCUCAGCAAAAUGUGGCCUCGAGGCCAGAAGAAUACAACGAAGAAGGAUUUGUAGUCGUCCGCGAAUGCCAGGCGGCUGCUCAGCGGUUAAUGGCUGCCAACUACCAGCCAGCGCCUGUGGUGGGCAGCAGCGGUGCCGAGACAGAGAAAGCGGAAUUACAAAGAGUCAUUAUCGACAGUAGUGCCCGUCGAUUUCAAGCACACAAGAUCUACCUUCGUGCAGCGGCCGCUCGACGAUGGGCGAUGUCCCGCGAGAGCGCUCUACGUGGCCAGGCGCCCACUGCAAACCAAGCCACUGCCUUGAAAGCGGCAAACACGGUGCUCCAGCAAGAACUCGCACGCAUCACCGAUCAGCACGUCGUUGCGGAUCUUCGCAAUGCGGACCUGCGGGCAGGUCAUUGGGUUGAUGACGACCCUUCUUUGGACGUGCUGCGUCGCUGGAUCCAGGGUCGGUAA